GCCAAGAUUUGGAACCAUGCUCUCCUCUCUCGAACACUUUGGGAUGUCCAUAGUAAGAAAGACACCCUUUGGGUGAGGUGGGUAAAUGAGGUCUACCUCAAGGGUAGGAGUGUGUGGGAUUUUAUCCCACACAAUCGUGACUCAAUGUUCAUAAAGAAAUUGAGUCACAUACGGGACCAAAUUUUGGGAUGCUUUAACAAUCUGAAUGAUACCAUUAUGGGCCUAAACAGUAGAUCCGUAAAUGGUAAAAUCCGUUCCGGAAAGAUUUAUGAUUUGUUGAGAACUAAAGGGACGUCGAGAGUGUGGAUGAGCUUUAUUUGGAAGUCUUAUAUCCCCCCAAAGUUCUCAUUCAACGUUUGGCUUGCUUUGAGGAACCGGUUACCUACACAGGAUAACCUGGGAUACCUACAUAUUGUUAAUCGUUGUGACCUUUGCAAGGGUGGAUUGGAAACAAUAUCACACCUAUUUUUUCGUUGUCAUUACACCUGUAGGGUCUGGGAAAAAAUUAAGGAAUGGUUGGGCAUGACUCGAGAGAUGACCACGCUUAGCAGCUCGAUCAAAUGGAUCCUGAAGGACCACAAAGGAUCAAAAAUCAAAGGGAAGGCUGUCCGGAUUGCUUUUUGCGCCGUGGUUUACUACCUUUGGCACGCUAGGAAUGCCAAUCGAUUUGAUGAAGAGGACGUCAAGGAAGAGGAGAUCAUCGCAAAAGUCAAGCAUGUGGUGUAUAAAGUAGUUUUCAAUUUAUACCCGCAUGACUUGAUUACUUUCUGAGUACAAGGCCGUGGCAUGGAUAUUAUGGAUGUCGCGGCAUGAAGCAUGGUCUUGGACUUUAUGGUGUUUGAUUUAGCGGCACCUUUUGUACCUUCUUUAGAAUUUAGCUUCUGAUCUGUGUGCGUGCAUUUGCAUCACUGAUGUAUUUUUUGAACCGCUUGAUGGGGCCAAGUAUUAUACUUGGUUAUUUUGGC